AUGGGGUUGUCGGCCCGAUCUUCUGCACCUUCAGAAAUGCCUAGCAAAGGCAAUGGCGAGAGGGAGACACGGGAGGGAGACAGAGAAGCGAGCGAUAUUCGUGUUCACCAUCUCCGUCGAAGUCGACCUCCAAUUCCGAUUUGCAUACCGUUGUUCAUCCUCGUCGCUAUCUUUGUCCACGGUAAGCUUUCGUCGCCAUCUUGGAUCAUUGACGUACAUGAGCAGCGAGGGAUAACAAAUGAGUUCAUAUGCGGAGUUGAGAGCUUCAUACAUUAUGUAUGUGCUCGACCACAGUUCACACAAGACGAUGAGACCUUAAGGUGUCCGUGUGUUAAGUGUCGAUGUAGAAAAUUUCUAAGUGUGGAUGAUGUGAAGUUGCAUCUUUAUCAGAAGGGAUUCAUGGCCCAUUACUAUUACUGGACAUGCCAUGGGGAAGAUGAGCCUCCCAUGGAAUCCCAGGUCCGAACGAGUACUGGUGCAUAUAAUGAAGCACAAGGGGUUUACGAGGAUAAUCCAAAUCCAUAUGAUGCAAUGGUGAUGGAUGGUGUAGGUCCUUCUGUUAGAGCACAUACGUUGGAAAACGAAGAAGAAGAGCCCAAUGUAGAUGCACAAAACUUCUAUGAAAUGUUGGAUAAUGCAAGAACACUUAUAUAUGAUGGUUGCACUACUGAUCACACCGAACUUUCUACAGCGAUGAGGAUGCUUAGUAUUAAGGCUGAUUUCAACUUACCUAAGCAAUGCUAUAAUGCUUGGGUGAAACUAAUAAAUGAGUUGAUACCCGAAGGCAACCGGAUGCCCAAGGACUUUUACAGGACAAAGAAGAUGGUUUCUAAGCUGGGCCUUGGAUUCCAAAAGAUUUAUUGUUGUGUUAAUAUGUGUAUGCUUUAUUUUAAAGAUGAUACAAAUGCAACCGAGUGCAAGUUUUGUCAUGCCCCACGAUAUACAAGCCGCAAGGUAGGUCCUGGGAGGCGAAAAGAUGUUCCAAUUAAACGAAUGUGGUAUUUACCUAUAACACCUAGGCUCCAGAGGCUUUACGCGUCGAAGACAACAGCUGGAGAGAUGAGAUGGCACUAUGAAAACCCACAGGAGCUAGGUGUGUUGUCCCACCCAUCUGAUGGAGAAGCAUGGAAGCAUUUCGAUAAUGUGCAUCCUGAUUUUGCUCGUGAACCACGCAAUGUCAGGCUUGGGCUGUGUGCUGAUGGCUUCACACCGUAUGGUUGGAUGACUGUGGGCAAGUUAGCAUGCUCAUAUUGCAUGGAGAAUUCAAAAGCAUUCACGCUGAAGCAUGGUCGAAAGACAUCCUUUUUUGAUUGUCAUCGAAUAUUUUUACCCAUGAAUCACCCAUUUCGAAGGAACCGAGGUGCUUUUGUUAAGAAUAAGAUUGAGAAAGGUAGGCCCCCACCACGGUUGAGCGGUGAUGGAAUAUGGGGUUGA